CAACACAAGCUCGCUGUCCUCCAUGCAUCCAUUCCUGUCUGUGGUACCUGCUGACUGCUGAACUAAGCUAGCAGCAUUACCUUAGGAGGCACUUCUUUCCUGGAAUCCAAACAUGAACGAAGGUCCGAAAAAAUGAUUUUAAUUAGGGUCUCUCCCGAGAAGUGAACCCUAAUCGAGGAAGAGAUGGGGGCCGUCUGUUGGGGUGUACCGUCUUAGCUGUUACGGCGUUUUGCUGGGUCCAUUUUGCGUGUAAUUGGAAGUGGAAAAGACAAAGAAAAGAAGCUUUCCAAUAGCUAGAAUGGUUUGGGCCUAAAAAGAAGACAAGAGAUUCUCGAAAGGAGAGCGUAUUACGCACAGUACUACCUCAGAUGAAGACCGCAAUCCUUUUCAAGGGCUUGGAAAAAAAAAAUCAACAACUGUACAAGCAACAUGAACCGUGAGGACCGGAAUGUGCUCCGAAUGAAAGAAAGAGAAAGGAGAAAUCAAGAAAUCCAGCAGGGAGGAGAGGCGUUUACAGCAAAUUCCCCCCUUUUCCCCGAACCUUACAAAGUGUCCAGCAAAGAAGAUAAACUGUCCAGCCGUAUUCAGAGCAUGCUGGGCAAUUACGACGAGAUGAAAGAACCAAUUGGAGAGGCACUUCCGAAGCUUAGCGCCAAACCCUCUAACAGCUCGUCUUCCUCCGAGGAGAAAUCUGGCGCGCCUUUAUUCAGCGAGAACCAACGAGGAGGUGGCAGCAGUCAGAGCAGUAAGUGGACUCCCGUGGGCCCUGCCUCAGCUGCCUCCUCAUCCCAGUCUCAGAAACGUUCCGGACUGCAAGGGGGGCACAGUAGCCAGAGGGGCAGCGGCGGUAGUAGCGGCAGCAGCGGUAGCCAAAGACACAGCGAAAAGAAGUCAAGCAAGCACAGCAGCGGCUCGGAGCACUCCAAGUCGCACACGUCGAGUCCAGCGAAGGGCUCUCUGAGCUCCUCCAGCGGCAACAGCCGCUCCUUAGCUCCCGAGCAGCAUCACUGCAAGGAGCGCUACCGGUCCAAGUCCCCGCGAGACCGUGAGGCCAACUGGGACUCGCCCUCACGGGUUCACACCUCCUUCCCCAGCGGACAGCACUCGAGUCAGGCUUUCCCCCCAUCGCUCAUGUCUAAACCGGGCUCCAUGCUCCAGAAGCCUACGGCCUAUGUCAGGCCUAUGGACGGCCAGGAGACAGCGGAGGCUAAGAGCUCGCAAGCGGAAAGCUACAGUGGACAGUCCCACAGCAGCACCAUGGGGGAGAUGAAGUCCAAUGGCAAGGCCUCGCUCACCAAACUCAAGAUCCCUUCGCAGCCUGUUGAGGGAUCCGGGGAUUCCAACUGCGUUGAUGAGAUUCUGAAGGAAAUGACUCAGUCCUGGCCCCCUCCAUUGACAGCAAUCCACACCCCCUGCAAGACGGAGCCCUCCAAGUUUCCGUUCCCCACCAAGGAUUCUCACUCCUUUUCAAGUGGACAGAAGCGAGGCAGUUCUUCCAAAAGCUCAAGCAGCCACCAGUCAAAAACCUGUGAUGACCAGCCAACUAUGCUGGAAGAUGACCUCAAACUCAGCAGCAGCGAGGACAGCGAUGGCGAACAGGACUCUGCCAAGAAUGCUUCAAGAAACACAUCAGCAAGCCAUAAUAGUGAAGGAGCCGAGCACUCGAGAGACGAUUCAAGUAGCCACAGCGGCUCCGAAAGCAGCUCAGGUUCAGACAGUGAGAGCGAGAGCAGCACGAGUGACAGCGAGGCCAAUGAGCCCCUGCGGCCCGCUUCUCCUGAGCCUGAACAACCAAUGGCCAACAAGUGGCAGCUGGACAACUGGUUCAAGAAGGCAGCCCCACCGUCACCGUUGGAUAACAACAAUGUUCAAACCAAGAGUAAAAAAGAGGGAAGAGAUAACAGCUCAGGGCGUGGCUAUAGUAGCCAGGGAGGGGGAUCGAAAGAUUCCUCGGCACCGGCCCCAAGUCGGGACCUUCGGGCGGCCCAGAAGGGCGGCGAGAGCGGCCGUGGUCGGCAGAAAUCCCCAGCCCAGAGUGAAAGCAGCACAGGGAACCGGAGGCCCGUGGGGAAAAAACAGCCUAAAAAGUCGGAAAAGCUCCCGGUGGUGGAGGAGCCCAGAGGAGGCCUGAGGGUAGAAAGCGAGCCAGCGCCUGAGAUCCCCCCUCAUCGACCCAAAGCAGCCACCAAGGGUUCCAGCAAACCCAGCAUCAAAAAGGAACCCAAAUCCUCUCCGCGGCCCAGCGCGGCCGCUGUUGCCGCCGCGGCAGACAAGCGCAAGGCCAAAACGUGCUCCAAGUCGACUCGGGAGAAGUCUCGAGAGUUUGUCGACACGGACUCCUCAUCGUCAGACUCCGAGGGCAAUGACAGCAUCCCGUCAUCCUCGCAGACGCCAAAGUACACCGAAAGCAUCAGGACGCCCGUGUGCGUGUUUUCCCCAAUGGAGGAAAAGGAGCUGCUGUCUCCACUCAGUGAGCCUGACGAGCGCUACACCUCCAGGCAACCUCCGCAAGUGUUGAUCGUCAAAAUAGAUCUCAACUUGCUAUCGAGGAUCCCCGGGCGGCCGUACAAAGAGCCUGCAGAAAUAAAAGUGGAGCGGGAUGACUCCCAGGACAGAGAUGGCAAAGACUUCAGCAAGCAAAGUUCAGAAAAGAGCUUGAGCAAAGCCAAGAGGAAGCACAAGAAUGAUGAGGAGGGAGCCAAGCCAGACAGCAAGCGAUGCAAGCUGGAGGAAAAGUCUCAAACGCAUCAUAAAAGCAGCAGUAAAGAAUCGAAGAGGUCUUUGGAGAAGAAGGAAGAUCCGGUGCCCUCUCCGUCCAUAGCGGGCCUCCAGCGGACGCCGAAAGCUGAGCAUCCGAGUCGGAAGAGGACGGUCAGCCAGUCCUCCACGUCACUAUCCAGUGGGGCUGGCAGCGGCAAGGAAGGAGGCCAGAGCACGAAGAGCACCUCCACCUCCAAGCACAGAAAAGGCGAGGACAAGGGGCGCAGCACUCGAGAUGGCAAGGAGAAAUCCUCAAAGGGCUGCGAUAACCAGCUGGCUGUGCCGCCGCUCUCCACCGACGGCUCCAAAUCGCAAAGAUCCAAGCUGCCGUUUGAAGACAGGGCCCACUCAGCAGAUCAUUACUUACAGGAGGCCAAGAAACUCAAACAUAAUGCAGAUGCACUGCUGGACCGUUUUGAGAAGGCCAUUUACUACCUGGACGCCGUGGUGUCUUUCAUUGAGUGUGGCAACGCCCUCGAGAAGAGUGCCCAGGAGGCCAAGUCUCCUUUUCCCAUGUAUGCCGAAACAGUGGAACUUAUCAAGUACACAAUGAAGUUAAAAAGCUACAUGGCCCCUGAUGCGACUCCAGCCGACAAGCGGGUAGCCGUUCUUUGCCUACGAUGUCAGUCUCUUCUCCACUUGCGUUUAUUCAAGCUGAGGAAAGACAGCGCUCUUAAAUACUCCAAAACUCUUACAGAGCAAUUAAAGAACUCUCUGAGUAACACCCAGGCUCCCUCUCCUGGAAUGGGGAACAAGGCAGCGGGCAUGCCUUCGCCAGUGUCCCCAAAGCUGUCGCCGGGUACGGCGGGCAGCUACUCGUCGGUGAGCAGCAGCAGCAGCGCCGGCUCGUCCGUCACCAUACCUCAGCGCAUCCAUCAGAUGGCCGCCAGCUAUGUGCAAGUCACCUCCAACUUCCUGUACGCCACUGAGGUGUGGGACCAGGCGGAGCAGCUGGCCAAGGAGCAAAAAGACUUCUUCCAGGAGUUGGACAAAGUGAUGGGCCCUCUCAUUUUCAACACCAGCAGCAUGACUGAUCUGGUGCGUUACACCAGGCAGGGCCUGCACUGGCUGCGACUGGACGCCAAGCUGGUUCCCUAGCGAGGACUCUGGGUUUUUACCCCCCUCCGACCCUGCACGCUGCUCUUCCACCCUCCCACAGCCACGCCUCAGCGAAACGCACACAGUCCACCUCUGAUCACACACACACACACACACACGACUAUGAACUUUUCAAGAAUAUCUUCUAGUGCGUAUGUGUGCACGCAUCUUUUUGUGUGUGUGUGUGUGUGUGUGUGUGUUUGUGUCUGCACCAGCUUGCCCAAAAAACUGAGCUAAUUGGAACCAUCCCAUGGAGAAGCAACAUGCAAUGCCCUUCACAUAUCUGCAUCUUAGCAAAUAGAUGAAACGUGUUUUUUUUUUUUGGUUAUUGUUUUUUAGCCAUUUGGCCCUGAAGCGCUCAGUGAUUUUAUUUAUUAUUUAUUCCCUGAGCUUCAUUCGAUAGGCUACUUUGGCUUUUUUUAUUCUUUGGUUCCGCUCCCUGCCCCCACCAAAGUACCUCGCACGAAACACCAAAGGUGCUUUAAAAAUGUCAAAUUAAGGUUUUUCUCUUAAUUGUUUUUUGUGCCUUCAGUGUGAGCUACAGGAAAACCAAGCAGUCCCCUCUCUCCAUAUGUGUUGUUUCUGUUCCUCACCUUUUAAAAAUUUUUCAGUGACAAAGUUUUGUGUUUAUAAGCUUUGCUUGAAACCAAGCUUCCCUGCAUCCGGGUCAUUUUAUAUUUUGGGCGGCACGCCUGUUAGAUCAUAAGGAAAGGGCUACUGUGCGCAUCCAUAAAUAAUCUUAGCAUUAUAAUAUUUUCUUUUUUACACUUGUGAUAAUCACAAUUUUAUGAUUUAAGCCACAUGAGAUAAAUGAAUUGUCAUAUUUAUCCAGUUAUACAGACGUCAUCCGGUUCCAUGGAAAUGGCCGUUUUAGUCUCCCAGUCUUCUCAAAACGAUCCCAGUAGCGAUUUACUGCCGCUUGAUGCCAAGGAAGUCGGCGGCACUUCCCAUUGCAUUGCUUUUCCUCCGUAGCCGUUGAGAAAUAUCCUCGAGGAAAGUCACUUCCAUACAGUGUUGUUUGCCCAGAGUGUAUUUGUAUGAGUCACAGCAGGGAGUGUUUGAAGUGGUGUCCACAAAUACAAUGCAGUUAUUUCCAUUCAUGUUUAUUGAAGGCGCGCCCUGGUGGGAAACUGAUCUGACAUCUGAUAAAGCAACGGCAGAAACAGAUUGGCGGUGUUGCAUUUAUAGCAAAAUGCAUAGAAUAUAUCUCAAAUAUAUAGAUUUUAUUUAUGUACAUAGGCGGAAUACUCCAUUCUAAUACAUGGAUUUUAAAACUAUUUGACUUAUUUUUUUGUAUGUUUUUCCAAUAGAAUGCAAAACAUGUGGACUUUGUUUCAAUUAAAAUCAUUGUAACUGGGCUUAAACUGAGACAAAUGUAGAAAUGAAUGCCUCCCCUCUAAUCGACUCCGUGCAAGUGAAGGCCUUAGUCAAACAGUUACGCUGUCAAGUGGACAAUUACAAAAAAAUCUCCCAUUGCAGCAAAAAUAUCCAAAAGUAUUGAAGUAACGAUGACAUGUGGUAGUUGUGGAAAGGCAUUUAAUUAUUAAACCAGUCAAUAUACGCCACUGAACAAAGCUAUAUUCUCAUAAAUUACUAAUAUUAGGACCAAUAAAAUGUAAUGUGAACAUUUAAAAUUAAACAGUGCAAAAUAUUUGCACAAAGUGUUAAAAAGGACAUGAAUCAUAGAAAUGAGCAAAUUGGACGGACGGUAAAGAAAACAAUUCGUAUGGUGCGACAAUUGCUUUCGCCACAACAGGACAGGUGAAGUAAGUGUUGUACGUUACGGGAUACCCUGCCACACAGGCGUCAUCCCGGGCUCUGUUGCCACCUACGAAAGGCAGAAUAUUUGAUUUUCCAUCUCGUGGUGGAAGUCGCUACCGUUCAUACAGCACAGCUGCAUGGAAACGGGCACUGUGAAAGGAACAAUGUUUGAAAAUGUCUAGACCAAUCGGAAGGAAUAUCACUUUCGUCUAGUUGUGCUUUCCAGCUCAUUUUUCAGCUUCAGAGUACCGGUAGCUUUUUUUCCCCCCCCGUCGUUGUCGUCCUCCACCGACUCCUGACUUUCUGGCUAGACUGUUUAAUUUCCCUCUUAACACUUGUAAAAGAGAAAAAAAACAUUAUUUUUUAAUCUAUGCAGGAUUUCUUUUUUUUAUUUUUAUGAAAAGGAUAGGAUGUAUUGUGGCUUUUUAAAAAUUUAUUCAUAGGUUUGUUUUUUUCUACUUUCAAAAAAAUUCAAGUGUCCAAUGCCUUUUUUGCAAUGUGGUUUUUCAUACGUUUGUGUAUAUUUUGUAACUAAAGAAAAGAAAAAAAAAAGAACAGAUGGUAUGUGCCAUUCUGUACUGAAAGCUGGAGGCCACUUUUUCUCAUAGGAAAAUCCUCUGAGGGUUUUUUUUUUUUUCAAUGUCCAGGCCAGCCAACGUGUUCAUACACUGGUACACUUUGUAAGUACAAAUGUAUACAUCGACGCGUCGUCCGUAACCUUUUUUUAAUUUAUUUUUCUGACCCCCUCCCUUUUUUUUUUUAAUAACAGCUGACACAACAGGAAGAUGUAAAUCUAUGGGGGAGGGGGCGUGAUUGUUUAUGUUGAAAUGUCAUUGUAAGUAGUAAUUUUAAUGAAUCCAGGGUAUGUUUUUUUUUCCCAAUAGGAAGAUGUUAACAUUUGCAUGUUUCUAUUUAAAUGUAUAAAGUGUACAUAUGAUUUUUCUCUCAAUGUGUAUUUCUACCACAGGAGGACAUUUUUAUUGAAAUUCAAUCUCAUUGUAAAUAUAUUUGUGAGAUAGUUUUAUGCAUCCCCGCUACCCCCUUUUCUCUCUAGCUCUCUUUCUCUCUCACUUGACUUUUUGUCUUUGGAACUGUACAGAUGACACACAAAUCUCAAUGCUCCGGGGUUGGGGGGGACUUUUUGUACCAGGACCAUUUGACAAAAGAAAUUUGGGGGGAAACAAACAACAAAUGGGAAACAAAUGUUUAUUAUUAUAUAUUUAGAGCAUUUUUAAAAUUGCGCAGCAGUUCGGGUGAAAUGGCAGGUUCCCCAACUCUUGUCUUUUAUGUGCUUGUGUCUUCACCGCUGUGUCAUCAUUUUAUCUCCUCUGUAUUUUGUCCUUGUCAUCGUCCAUCCUACAAGGCAUCAGAUGUACAGUCUUCCAUCAAUCUUGAGAGUAUUUCCUACCCUUUUUAUGAACAAUUGGUCACGUGAGUCUUUUAAGAAAAAGGUUUCUCAAAAGCUGUAGCAGUUUAUAUACAUUCUCUUGUAUACUUUUAAAAGCCUCAAUGAGCAGCCUACGCUAUGUACUAUAGUCUAAAUUGGCUUAGUUUUUAAGAUGAAAUAGAUGCUAUUAUACGAUGGAUGCAAUACGAUUUAAAGGUACUCAUGGAGUUUUGAGCUUCAAACUUUAGGUCAUGUAAUUUAAAGAACAUUCUUGUGAAGUGAGUAUUAAUUGUGUGACUAAUGAGUCUGUCCUGAAUAUUCUUUGUAUUUUUGUCGUAUUGGGAAUAAAAUAUAUAUGAAUAUG